GACAGCGGGCACCGAGUCGUCUGGCAAGACAGUGGGCUCCGAGUCAACAGGCACGACAGUGGGCACCGGGUCAUCAGGUAUCGGAUUGUCUGGCUCGACAGCGGGCAUCGGGUCACCAGGUAUGACAGCGGGCACUGGGUCACCAGGCAUCAGGUCAUUUGGCUUGCCAGCGGGCACCGCGUCAUCUGGCAAGGCAGUGGGCACCGGGUCACCAGGUACCGGAUCAUCUGGAUCAACAGCGGGCAUCGAGUCAACUGGCCUAAUAGGAUCGUCGGGCUGGAUCAGUUCAUCAUGCUGAGUAGCGGCAUCAGGCUGAAUGCAGGGCUGAUAGCAGGCAUCAGGCUGAGUAGAGGCUUCAGGCUGAGAGAGAGGCAUCAGGCUGAGCUGAAGAGAGGCAUCAGGCUGAGUAGAGGCAUCAGGCUGAGUAGAGGCAUCAGGCUGAGAGAGGCAUCAGGCUGAAGAGAGGCAUCAGGCUGAAGAGAGGCAUCAGGCUGAGAGAGAGGCAUCAGGCUGAGAGAGGCAUCAGGCUGAGAGAGGCAUCAGGCUGCUGAGAGAGGCAUCCGGCUGAAGAGAGGCAU